CGCCCUCUUCCGGCUCCGCUCUGGGGGCGGGAUAAUCCGGGUCCUCAAAACCUCUGGUGGCUUGUUUGUUUAGCGACUCAGCGGCCCCGCCCUCAGGCAGUCGGCUGGCUUGGUGUGAGGCUUUGGACGUACUGCGCAGGCGUCUUCCUGCCGUAACCUUGGAGUGUUAGGAUGAUCGGCAAAAGAUACCAGCCGAGUCCGUUGGCUCUUCUCUCUCCCAGCCCUUAAAGGGUUUGGGGACCAGGGAAGAACCCCAUGCGGCGUUUGGCUCUCUCCUCCUCCCGUUCGCCCCAGUCCCUCAUCCUGAGUCAGAUGCUGGGGCCAAAAGUCUGGGAAAGCCGUAAGUCUGGCUGCCUAUUUAGCGUCUAGUAGUGAGUACUCGGUUUCCGGAGGUAUUUAAGCAAAGACUGGAGUUUGGCGGUGGUGGAGUAUAAGCCUUCCUAAACUGGAUAAUGCAGUAGACAAGCCCUUUUAAAAGACCCUUGUAGCCGUGAAGAGUAUGAUGUAGAGUUUGGUCGGAGAACAUCAACCUCCAGCAACAACCCCGCCGGCACUUCCUACUCAAAACUAAAAUACAGGAGAGAGUGGGUCAGUUUUCAGUAUCUGUGGCGUGACAGUCACUGAGGUAGAUCUGCAGAAGCUUCGCCCUAAUCACGCAGGCCUUGUCGGUACUUCCUGGUUCUCAUGCUCUUGGUCUGCAUCCUCUAGGGCUCUUUGACUACCCGCCUCCUCGGAUGCAAAAACCUUUUCAGUUUCUAAAGAAGGCAGUUCCUCAUGAGCUACUCAGAACCAAGAAAAAUUUGCCAAAUAAAUCUCUAUAGAAACGCUAAUUUGGGCCUGGAAAUCCAGGGAGCAAGUGUCAAUUUGUCACUCCUAAAGGACAUGAAAGUCCCAGAAACUUGAUGGUGGUGAAGUGCUGGCGGUUAUUUAGAAAGACUGACAAUCUAAAAGAUUGCCUGGGGCCUUGGCCUGAUAUCUGGGAGCCUGUGAAGUGACUGCAAAGCCAUGGACGCAGCUGAGAAAGAGGAAAUCAGUGUUGAAGAUGAAGCUGUGGAUAAAAACAUUUUCAAAGACUGCAGCAAGAUUGCUUUCUACAGGCGUCAGAAACAGCGGCUCUCCAAGAAGUCUACCUAUCGGGCAUUACUAGACUCAGUCACGGCAGGCAAAGAGAGCACCAGGUUCCAAAUCAUCAACGAAGCAGCUAAGGUUCCUCUCCUGGCUGAAGUUUAUGGUAUAGAGGGAAAUAUUUUCAGGCUUAAAAUCAAUGAAGAAACACCCUUGAAACCCAGAUAUGAAGUUCCUGAUGUCCUCACAAGCAAGCCAAGCCCUGUAAGGCUGAUUUCAUGCUCAGGGGAUACAGGCAGUCUCGUAUUGGCAAAUGGAAAAGGAGAUCUGAAGUGUCGCAUCACAGCAAACCCAUUCAAGAUAGACUUGGUAUCUGAAGAAGAGGUUGUGAUGAGCAUAAACUCCCUGGGCCAAUUGUACUUUGAGCAGCUGCAGAUUCCUCCCAAGCAAAGAGCUACCAAGGAAAAUGAGGAGGAUACAUCAGAUGACACCACUCAGGAAAAUCAAGAGGAACUGGGCUUGUGGGAAGAGAAAUUCAGAAAUUUUGUGGAUGUCAAAGAUAAUGGUCCUGCCUCCAUUGGUUUGGAUUUCUCCUUGCAUGGGUUUGAGCAUGUCUAUGGGAUCCCGCAACAUGCAGAAUCACACCAACUUAAAAAUACCAGUGAUGGAGAUGCUUACCGUCUUUAUAACCUAGAUGUCUAUGGAUAUAAAAUACAUGACAAAAUGGGCAUUUAUGGUUCAGUGCCUUAUCUCCUGGCCCACAAACUGGGCAGGACUCUAGGCAUUUUUUGGCUAAAUGCCUCAGAAACACUAGUGGAGAUCAAUACAGAACCUACUGUAAAGUAUGCAUUGACCCAGAUGGGCCCAGUUGCUGCUAAACAAAAGGUCAGAUCUCAAACUGAUGUGCACUGGAUGUCAGAGAGUGGAAUCAUUGAUGUUUUUUUGCUGACAGGACCUACACCUUCUGACAUCUUCAAGCAGUACUCAUACCUUACAGGCACACAAGCCAUGCCCCCUCUCUUCUCCUUGGGCUACCAUCAGUGCCGCUGGAACUACGAAGAUGAGCAUGAUGUAAAGGCAGUGGAUGCAGGAUUUGAUGAACAUGACAUUCCUUACGAUGUCAUGUGGCUGGACAUCGAGCACACUGAAGGCAAGAGGUACUUCACCUGGGACAAGAAAAGAUUCCCAAACCCCAAAAGGAUGCAAGAGCUGCUCAGGAGCAAAAAACGUAAGCUUGUGGUCAUUAGUGACCCCCACAUCAAGAUUGAUCCCGACUACUCAGUGUAUGCUAAGGCCAAAGAACAGGGUUUCUUUGUGAGGAAUCAUGAAGGGGGAGACUUUGAAGGUGUAUGCUGGCCUGGUCUCUCCUCUUACCUGGAUUUUACCAGUCCCAAAGUCAGAGAGUGGUAUUCCAGUCUUUUUGCUUUCUCUGUUUAUCAGGGAUCUACUGACAUCCUCUACAUAUGGAACGACAUGAAUGAGCCCUCUGUCUUUAGAGGGCCAGAACUAACCAUGCAGAAGAAUGCCAUUCAUCAUGGCAACUGGGAGCACCGAGAACUUCACAACAUCUAUGGCUUUUAUCAACAAAUGGCCACUGCAGAAGGACUGAUCCAACGAUCUAAAGGGAAGGAGAGACCCUUUGUUCUUACACGUUCUUUCUUUGCUGGAUCACAAAAAUAUGGUGCUGUGUGGACAGGUGACAACACAGCCGAGUGGAGUUACCUGAAAAUUUCUAUCCCUAUGUUACUCACCCUCAGCGUGACUGGGAUCUCUUUUUGUGGAGCGGAUGUAGGCGGCUUCAUCGGGAAUCCAGAGGCAGAGCUGCUAGUGCGGUGGUACCAGGCCGGAGCCUACCAGCCCUUCUUCCGUGGCCAUGCCACCAAGAACACCAAGCGACGGGAACCCUGGCUCUUUGGGGAGGAGCACACCCGGCUCAUCCAAGAAGCCAUCAGAGAGCGCUACACCCUCCUGCCCUACUGGUAUUCUCUGUUCUACUCUGCACACGUGGCUUCCCAACCCGUCAUGAGGCCUCUGUGGGUAGAGUUCCCUGAUGAAUUAGAGACUUUCAGUAUGGAAGAUGAAUACAUGCUGGGAAGCGCUUUAUUGGUUCACCCAGUCACAGAACCAAAAGCUACUGUGGUUGAUGUGUUUCUGCCAGGAUCAAAUGAGGUCUGGUAUGACUCUAAGACAUUUGCUCAUUGGGAAGGAGCAUGUACUGUAAAGAUCCCAGUAGCCUUGGACACAAUACCAGUGUUUCAACGAGGUGGAAGUGUGGUACCAAUAAAGACAACUAUAGGAAGAUCCACGGGCUGCAUGACUGAUUCCCCAUAUGGGCUCUGGGUGGCCCUAAGCACUAAGGGUUCUGCUGUGGGUGAAUUAUAUCUCGAUGAUGGUCAUUCAUUCCAAUACCUCCACCAGAAGCAGUUCUUGCACAGGAAGUUUUCAUUCGCCUCAGGUGUUUUGAUCAACAGUUGUGCUGACAAGAGGGGUCAUUAUCACAGCAAGUGUGUGGUGGAGCAGAUCUUGGUCCUAGGCCUCAAGAAGCAGCCAUCUUCUGUGACCAGCCACUCACCUGAUGGUAAAGCUCAGCCUGUGGCUUUUACAUAUUGUGCCAAAACAUCCACCCUGAACCUGGAGAAGUUCUCACUGAACAUUGGUGCUGACUGGAAGGUCCAAAUCCAGUGACAGAGCAGUGCACCUGGUGACAAGUGCUGGGAACAGCUGCACCUUUCUGCCUUUCCAGGGGCCUUUUUUUGCGAUUUGUGCUGCACGUUAUUGACUUCUCUGGCUGAAAGUCAUCUUUCAUAAGUCACCAGUUUACUAAUGAACAAUAGCUUUCAGAUUUUUCAGAGGUUACAUUUUUAGAUGUGCUAAUAAUACUCUUUGUGUCACACCUCGCCCCCCCCCCCCCUUCUCCUACAUGCAAGUGGCCCAGAGACAUUUAUAGCGUUCACAGUUCUCGCAUUGCUCCUUGGGCCAUGACCUGUGGUAUGCACUCUGGCCCAGUGGGCAGCUUCUCUUUGAGCACAGCUGGAUGGCUUUGUUUUAUGUGAGAAGUGGGCCAAGCCCACCCACCUUGUGGAAGCUUGUCUCAGUCCAUGUGGCAGAGCCACUUAGGCUCCAGCAGCUGAGCUGCUCAAGGCAUAUCUCCAAGUGGACAGCAGCUUCUGGUGCCUCCCCACCCCAGUUAUCUUUUACCCACUUAGACCUGGACAAGACAACCUUUUCUGCUUGCAGUGUAUUCACUGCAGCAACAGGGAGUUACUCUACCCUAGAGCCUGACUCAGGAACACAAAGGGCUCUUUUCCCUGUCAUGUUUUUUGGGCUCCAAAGUUCCAGAUUAAUCUCCUUAAACUUCUAAUUUCUUUACAUUAAUUUUUUAAUUAAAUACUGUCCACUAACCAAAGCUUAUUUGUAAUAUGAGUAAGCUAUAAUUAAAAAUAAUAAAAUAAUUACCCAUGUCCCCACCCUCAAACUUCAGAAAUAGAACACAGGGCCGGGAUGAGGUUGAGGCAAGUAAGGCACUUGCCUGGGGCACAAAAUUUAAGGGGGUGCCCCAAAUCACAGUAAUCAAAAUAAAUAAUAUUUUAAUGCCAUAUUUUUAAAAAUCAAAAUUAACAGCAAAAAAAAAAAUCCAUGAUGAACAAAAUAUCAAAAUUUUAAAUAAGGACAGGAUCGAUAGUACUGCGUUUUACUUUUGCCUCAGACUCUAGUACGGCGUGGCGUGGGCUAGAACACUACACCACGCCAGUUCCCCAGGAUGCUCCCCAGGGACGCCCUGCGGCCGCAGCAUCUGCUGGGGCAGUCACAUGUCCUCAGCACAGCUCAACACGCACAUUUGUUUAUCAGGCUUCUUCCACUCAGCAGCUUGCCAACUGCCACCUCUAUGCCUCUGUUCCCUGGGUCCCAAUAUCCACGGUCUGCCCUCCACCUGUGCAAAUCCUACCAUCCAUCCAGGCCCAACUCAAAUCCCACUUCCCCACAGAGCCUUUCUAACUACCCUAACACCCUCAACUCCCCUUUACUGUGAGCAGUGAUUUUGCCCUUCUCUGAAAUGCUGCCCCACUUACAAUAUGCAUUCUGCUUAGCAUUCUCAGGGAUGGUGCCUCAGUGUUUCAGGUUUGUCUGUCUUGUUCCCCUACUAGGUUGUAUGUUCUUCAAGAUCAUGUUAUAUUUGUCUUAUAUCUGCCAGAGCACGAUUAUACUUGGCUUUUAGUAAUGGUUGGCUGUAAUUGGUUGACUGAUGGAUUUGAUUGAUUUAAAAUUGAGAAUUGAAUGUAUUUGUUUCUGAUUUACUUUUCUGACCUAGGACUCUUCCCUCCAGAUGUAGUAAACAUUACACAUUUCCUCGUGGACACAUUUGAUUGUAUCAGUUGAGGUUUGAGCUUUGCACCAUAUAUAAGCGCACAUAGACAUAUACAGAUUCUUUGCUCCUAUUUCUGUAAGUUUUGCAAUUAAGGAGAAAGGAAGAAGCCUCCAUUAGCUGAAGUCCUAUUUCCCAGCUUCAAGUUUCCCUUGCCAAGCUACAGUAAGACUUAAACUGAAAACUGAAUGCUCUUACCUAAUAUAAAUGAUGGUUUUUAAUAGCACUUAAGGCUGAAUAAUUAAGACCUAUCUUCAGUUCAACAUUCAUUACGUGUCUAUUCAUCGAUUUAAAAUAUUUUUGGAGGAAGGAAUGAAAUAAGAACUUUAGAGUAGGUUAGUGAGGAACUGCUCUGUCUUGACCCAGGACUAUCCUGAAAGGUUUAACUAGAUACACUGAAUGGAGAGAAAUAUAUCCUGGGUGUUCUUAAAUGUUCUCUGCUCUUAUUGCUUCUCACACUUUACCCACCUCCUAUAUCUGAAGCUCAGGACCAGAGAGCUAAGCAGGGCCGAGUUGGCCUACAGUGUUGAGUUACCUUGUUGUGGCUAAUUCUCGAUAUGUUUUCUCAGGAAACUGGAUUUUAUGUAAGAACUUAGAAUCAUUUUAACAAAGAUUCAAACAAAGCUCUAAAAUGAAUAUAUAAUGUGUCUUUCCUUUAAGACUUAAAUGCCAAGGAAUGAGUUGACAAAUCAGUUUAAACAUUAGAAACUGCUCAAAAGAAAUAUGGGCAAAGGUAAUUCAUAAAAGAAAUUGAAACAGGCAAAAUAAGCAUGAAAUACACUCAGCGUUAUUAAUAUUCAGAGAAAUGGGGGCGUCCAUGAUUGGCCAAGAUUAAAAUGAAAAUAUCCAGUGCUAAUGUUGGUGUGGGGAAUAGCCAUUUUCGUGCAUCAUUGGUGGAAUUAUGCUAAGUAUAAUCUUUCUGGAUGGCAAUCUGGCAAUAGCAUCAAAAUUUUAAAUUUGCAUAUUUUAACCCAGAAAUUCCACUUCAAAUAAAUCAGAUAAAUUGCUCAGA